CUGCCGUGCACCAAAUCUUCACUAAUCCACAAUGAAAUUCCUUUCGCUUGCCUUUGUCCUGGGCCUGAUGGCGGCUCUGGCUAACGCCACGCCACUGAACCCCGGAAAUGUCAUCAUCAACGGCGACUGCCGCACGUGCAAUGUGAGGGCUUAAGGUAGUCGCAGUCGGAGGAUCGCUACAAUCGGCCACAAUGAACACAACACACCGCCGCAUAAUAUAAUGUCUUAAGCCUUAAACUGAAUUUCUAAACGAAUACAAAAUAUAUUUUAAAAUGAAAUCGCA